AUGCGGACUGCUUCAGGGGCCGCCGGGUGUCCCAGGCCGGCCCCGGCGCGCCCCUCCCAAGCUCCGCAAGCGCUCCAGCCCUUCCUACUGCACGUCACAGCUCCCCACUGGGCUGAGGGCUACAGCUUCUCAGGGGGCGCUUGGCCGGGGGCCGCAGAGGUGGCUGAGACCCGGGGAGGCUUGGAGGGGGUCGGGGGCGGCCACCGCUGGUGCAGAUGCAGGGAGGGCGACGGCUGCCCUCUCUGCAGGCAGUCCGUCAGGUACACCCUGGGGCAGCAGAGACCUGAGGAAGUGAUUGUUCAUGAGCAGCAAAGCAGACUCCGGCCUCAAGCCGUGUGUGAGCAGGGCAGGGCCAGCCACUGCUGA